AUGAGGGCCUUCAAACAUUCGCUACAACUUGUGGCAACUGCAAUAUCGCUUCUUUCAGUGGGCACUAACGCCCGGUCGCAAGAACCUAACGCCAUUCAGCGUGUUUCGAGCCUCGACCACACAACAAUCAACACUCCCUCCCAUCAUAUAGACCACCUCUCUCACUUCGAUGUCACAUUCAGUCUUCGUGAUAAGAACCAGCGAAUAAAGCUAGAACUAGAACCGAACCAUGACAUUCUCGCCGAAGAUGCCUUUGUACAGUACCUAGACGCCGAGGGGAAUGUCCAUCGGGAGGAAGCCAUUCCACGCCAUGAACAUAAGGUCUACAAAGGAAGGACGCUAAAGGGUCGGGGGAAAGGCAUGUGGGAUCCCGUUGGCUCAGCGAGGAUCUAUAUCAAAAGCGACGGACCACAGCCGUUGUUUGAAGGUGUCUUCAGUGUCCACGGCGACAGUCACCACGUGGAGUUAAAAUCGACCUAUUUGGAAAAGAAGCGCCCCCAAGAUGUGGACAUCCCUGAUCGGAAGGGGGAUUAUAUGGUUUUUUACCGUGAUUCAGAUAUGAUCCGAAGCGCCCACACGGAACUGAAACGCUCAGUGUCAUUGUCCUCGUCGUGUGAAGCUGACAAGCUGAGUUUCAAUGCCAACCCCAACCACCCGAUUUUCCUACCCGACGAGGACGAGGACUACAUGCCGAACUGGGGAGCUAUGUCCUUAAACUCGCUCUUUGGACUGAACAAGCGGCAGUCCGACAUUGGUGGUUCCUCGGGGAAUGCUGGUGGUGUGAAUUUGAGGUCCACCAUCGGCGUCACCUCCGGUUGCCCUAAAACCAAGCAGGUCGCCCUCAUCGGGGUCGCCACCGAUUGUGAAUUCACGGGGUCAUUCAAAGAUGAGGAUGCCGCCAAACAGUGGGUCAUCAAUACCGUCAACAGUGCAUCCAGCGUCUAUGAGAAGUCGUUCAACAUCUCUAUCGGUCUGCGGAACCUCACUCUGACCGACAAGAAAUGUCCGGAUAAUCCACCAGCCUCGAGUGAGUGGAAUAUGCCGUGCUCGAAGGGGAAUAUUACGUCGCGCCUGGACCUUUUUUCCAACUGGCGGGGACAACAAAAGGACAGUAAUGCCUACUGGACCCUGAUGAGCAAUUGCCCCACAGGACCGGAAGUUGGAUUAGCAUGGUUAGGACAGCUGUGCAACACGGAAGUCUCUGGUGAUCAUGUCAGCGGAACCAAUGUCGUGGUUCGGUCCCCCGGUGGUGGAUGGCAGAUCUUUGCUCAUGAAUCCGGCCACACUUUUGGUGCGGUUCAUGAUUGCACCGACCAGACGUGCGCUCAAAAUCUUGAAGCCUCGUCUCAAUGCUGCCCGUUUUCUACUGAUCAGUGUGAUGCGAAGUCACAGUUCAUCAUGAAUCCGAGUACGGGCCAAGAUAUUACCAAGUUCUCUCGAUGCACGAUUGGUAACAUCUGCUCUGCUUUGGGUCGCAACAGUGUCAAAUCUCAUUGCCUUUCUGAUAACCGCGGAGUAACUACAUACACUGGUGGCCAAUGCGGGAAUGGGAUCGUGGAGUCCGGCGAAGACUGCGACUGCGGCGGGGAAGAAUCUUGUGGUAACAACAGCUGCUGUGAUGCCAAAACAUGCAAGUUCAAAAAUGGGGCUGUCUGUGACGAUGCCAACGACAGUUGCUGCUCGAGUUGCAAAUUCGCCAGCGCCGACACCGUCUGUCGGCCUAGUCGUGGUGAAUGCGAUCUGGAAGAGAAGUGCACUGGCAAUUCGAGCACCUGCCCAUCUGACUCCUACAAAGAUGACGGUUCGAAAUGCGGCAACUCGACAGCCGGCCUGACCUGUGCCAGUGGCCAGUGCACUAGCCGAGAUUAUCAGUGCCGGACGGUCAUGGGCAGCCUGCUCCACGACAAUAGCACCUAUGCCUGCAGUCAGUUCAAUGACCAGUGCGAGUUGAUCUGUUUUUCCAAGGAGUAUGCCAAGGAGUUUGGCAGCCAGUGCAUGAGUGUCAACCAGAACUUCUUGGACGGCACUCCGUGUGGCAGCGGCGGUCACUGUAGUAAUGGAAAGUGCGAGGGGUCCAGCAUUAAGAACUGGAUCGAUAAACACAAGAAUAUAGUCAUUGGCGUUGCCUGCGGAGUGGGAGGGCUGAUCGUCCUUGCCAUCCUCGGGUGCCUGAUCAACCGAUGUCGUCGGUCCCGACCUAAACACAUUCCGCCGCCUGCUCGGUAUGGAGGGUGGACGGGUCCUAUGCCACCGGCUUCAAGGCCUUCUAUGGGACAAUGGGGCACUGCCCCGGCACAAGGCUAUCAAGGACUCGCCGCGGGCACGCCGCCGCUACCGCCACCACCCUAUGCGCCUGCAUACAGCAAUAACCCUCCGGGGCCAGGAGGAUAUAUGCCUUCCCCGGUGCGAUAUGCAUGA